AUGGGGCUCAGUGAUGACGAAUGGCACCAUGUCCUGGGCAUCUGGGCGAAAGUGGAACCAGACCUCUCGGCCCAUGGACAGGAAGUUAUAAUCAGACUCUUUCAGGUUCACCCCGAGACCCAGGAACGCUUUGCCAAGUUCAAAAACCUGAAGACAAUCGAUGAGCUGAAGAGCUCCGAAGAAGUGAAGAAGCACGGCACCACUGUCCUUACCGCCCUGGGCAGAAUCCUGAAGCUGAAGAACAAUCAUGAACCGGAGCUGAAGCCGCUGGCAGAGAGCCAUGCCACCAAGCAUAAAAUCCCCGUCAAGUACUUGGAGUUCAUUUGUGAAAUCAUUGUCAAGGUCAUUGCUGAGAAACAUCCCUCGGACUUUGGGGCCGAUUCCCAGGCUGCGAUGAGGAAGGCCCUGGAGCUGUUCCGAAAUGACAUGGCCAGCAAGUACAAGGAGUUCGGUUUCCACGGCUAG